AUGCUAAGGUGGGUCAUCACAUAUUCCCCAUACGACGUGGGGAGUCGCCUGUACGCCCUCACGCCUGUCAAGCUGCUAGCGCGGGUGACAGCAAGCAUAGCGCGCACAGGCGUCGUCAUUUCCAGAAUUGACAGGGCAGUUGGGCUGUUUGGGAAGCAUGCACUGGUUGCUCCAGUCUUCAUUGGUACUCUCGCAGGCUGUGGGGGCCGUCUCAUCUUGGACCUCGUUCUCGCCCUCCUCACUGCAUCGCCUCCCUCGCGCUCUGAGCUGCUCUACCCUUCCUGGCUCUCCCGCUCGGCAUGCAUAAUGGCACUGGGCUACACUCUAGCCGUCCACUGGGCUGCCUGCUGCACCUCCCAGGCUGCCUUUGCUGCCAUCGCCUCCCUCCUCAUGGCCCACAGUGCAUGGGAGGUCAUUUCAGGCUCGCCUUGGGACCCCACUGCACCGCUCUCCACCCUCUUCCACUCCCUGCUGUGCAUCCCACUUCGUCCUGCCACCCUCCCAUCACCCAAGCCCUCCACCACCACACCAUCACCCUCUCACCCACUCCCCCAUCCUCCAACCCAACUCAACGGCCACAGCAGCAGCACCAAAGGGCAGGGUGCAUCUCAGGGCACGCAGCAGCAGAGGCGAGGGGAGGGGGAGAGCAGCAGUCGGUUCGAGAGCACUCCUGUGGGAGGCAAAGCUGCCCGGCACCGGAAGCCUCAGCGCGC